AAUAAUAAAGACUUCAUAAACUAAACUAGCAAAAAGAAAAUAUGGGUCUUGGAGGAACUUUGGAGUAUAUUUGUGAUAUGGUGAAGAUUAGUCAUAAAUCCAACAAGAAGAAGAGGCAGUUUCAUACAGUGGAGCUCAAAGUCAGAAUGGAUUGUGAUGGCUGUGAGCUUAAAGUCAAGAAAACUUUGUCUUCAUUAAGUGGAGUAAAAUCAGUGGAGAUAAAUAGGAAAGAACAAAAGGUGACAGUAAGAGGAUAUGUGGAAGCAAACAAAGUGUUAAAGAAGGCAAAAUCAACAGGGAAGAAGGCUGAGAUUUGGCCUUAUGAGCCAUACAAUUUAGUGGCUCAGCCCUAUGCUGUUGCUGCUUAUGACAAGAAGGCUCCUCCUGGUUAUGUUAGAAGAGUGGAUCAAAUUUCAAGAUUUGAGGACCUUACAUAUGUUACCAUGUUUAGUGAUGACAACCCUAAUGCUUGCUCCAUCAUGUAAAUUAAUUAAAUAACGGCGAUAUCUAUGUCAGUUUGCACGCAAUUAUAAAAUUUUAUAAGGGAUUUUUA